AUGUCAGGCCAGUCAAGCUCAUCGUCCCCCCUCAUCUCAACAAGACGCCGCGCCUGCACGGCCUGUCAGCAGGCAAAGCGACGCUGCGACCAACGGCUGCCUCGCUGCGGUCGUUGCACUCAAAAAGGGUUCGAGGACUGCAACUACCCGUCCCUCGAGGCGGCCGUCGCGGCAGCAGACUUCAACUUCUUCACCGACGUCCUCAGUGGCUCUGCGGCUACACCAGACUCUCUACAGCACAUCAUGCCCGUUCCCGUCGUUCCCGAGACGGAGAGCUCGUGGUCCAUGUUUUACAACAACGCCACGGCGGCGGCGGCAGCCGCGCCGACACCGUCUCCGUCGAUACUGCCUCCUCCAAGCAGCGAGUGCAUCUCCAGAGACUCGGUUCUCUACUGUAGCGAACAGUUCAGGAGCUACCCCAGGCGCUGGGUGACCCAGAACGGCGUGGCCCCCUUCAUCCACCCGGCACUCUACCUCCCCACUACCAACGGCGCAGACGGAUUACCGCCCGUUUUGCAGGAUUGCUUCUGCGCGUGCGCGGCGUACGCCGCCAAGAACGACGAGAACGCUGCCCUGGUCCUCGGGGUUAUCGAAGCGAAAGCCACCGCGCUCCUCUACGUCCCCGAACAGGCGACAUGGACCCUGCCCCAGCAGGUCGCCGCGUUACAGGCGUUGGUCAUGUACCAGAUCAUGCGCUGGUUCGAUGGCGACAUCCGUCAGCGUGUGCUCGCUGACUCCGUGGAGCCCGUGCUCGCCGCGUGGACUUCCGCCUUACAGGCCCGCGUCGGCGCUGCCGUCUUCUCGGCCGAGGAAGCUAUGCCCGCCGUCGUCCUUCCGGAACCGUCGCACGUGCCCCCUCAGCAGCAGUCCUCGUCGUCUUCCUCGACUUACCAACAUGACCAGGGUUUGUCGCCGGACCACUCGCGCUCUAACACGCCUGGCGGCGGGCGACUCACAAAGGAGGAGCUCAAGGCUUCCUGGCGCCGCUGGCUGAUGGCCGAGUCGAUCCGACGCGUGCUCGUCAUGGCGCACCUCGUGCGUGCCGUGUACGCCACGGCCAAACAGGGCGGAGCAUACGGUAAGCUUGGCGGGGGUGGCGGCGGCGGCCCUGGGUCCGGACCGGCAGGACAUCACCACGGCGGCGGCGCUGGCGCUGGCGGCGGGCAUCAUGCCCAUCACCACCCGCUAGGGCUUGCGGAUAUGGGUUUCACGGCACAGGUGAGACUGUGGUCUGCCACUACGGCGGAGCGGUGGAACCGGUCGCGUGAGGGCGAGGCGCCGUGGUGGGUUGGCCGGAUGGACUUUUCCGGCCUUCUUGCGCUCGCUGAUCCCAGGGACGCCGACGAGUUUACAUUCAUGCUCGCCGUUGUCUUUCGCGGGAAAGAUGCUAUUGAAGAUUGGAUGAACCAUGGGCCUAGCGGGAUGUAA